AUAUUAUUUAUGGAAGAAGAAAGAUCUGAAUAAGUAACGAUUGAUCCUUUAUUCUUUCCAUCUAAAGAAAAUGAAUAAAAACUCAUUCAAUUUCUCUCCCAAGCUAAACAAUAUAUCCGUAUAUGUGUAUACACAUUCACCAAUAAAAAUAUUGUGGGUAAAAUGUCGUAGAUGAUGAAGGAGAAUCCAAAUUUAAAAAUUUAAGUUAUUACAGAUGAUGCUUAGACUAAGAUACCUUCAUAAAAAGCUAUUUUGGAUUAAAUAUUAGAAGAAGGCAAAGGUUAAGUAAAUAAUUACAUUUAUUUUUUUCACAGGCUGAAAUCAAAUUAGACAAUUCAACUGUUAGCUUAAUGCAUCAUAAAUAUUUAGUAAUUGAUACAGAAUAUAUGGCUACUGGUUCCUUUAACUGGACAAAGUCUGCAGUUACAACAAAUAAAGAAAACCUUCUUUUAAUAAAAAGUAAAAAACUUGUAUAAUAAUUUGAUUAAAAUUUUUAAUCACUUUGGAAAGAUUUUAAAUUCAUGAAUGAUAGAAUUCUUGAGUAAUAACAAGAAGAAAUCGAUAGAACUGAAAGACAAAGAUUAAAAGCUGAGAAGCAAGCUGAAUAAGCUGCAAAAAAGGCAGAAUAAGAAGCAAAUGCUGAUCCGAAUAAUCCUAAUCCUAUUCAAAAAGAAACAGAAGCUAAAUCAAAGAAGACUCCAAAAGAACCGAAACCACCUAAAGAACCUAAACCUCCUAAAGAACCAAAACCCCCAAAAGAACCUAAACCACCUAAAUAACCAAAACCUCCUAAAGAACCGAAACCACCUAAAGCUCCAAAAGUACCUAAACCCCCAAAAGAACCAAAACCACCAAAAGAACCAAAACCAAUCAAACAAAAAAUUAGAAAAGUAGCAUAGUCAAAAAAUAAAAGAAAAAAUAUAGAAAGUGUAGAUUUUAGUGAUGAUGUAGAAGAUAUUAAUAUUAAGAAUGAUGUUGAAGAAGAUGAUGAAGAUUAUGAGGAUGAGGAAAAUUCAAUAAACGACUUUUUAGCAGAAGAUGAUUCUGAAUGUGAUUGAUAAAUUACAUAAAAAAAGAAAUAAACAAAUAUACAUUAUUUAUGAACUAUAGCUCUUUAAACAAAUUUUGAAAAGAUUCAAAAAUAAUAAGAUGGACAACUUAUCAGAAGAAACUAGAAACUCUAACAAAUUGAACAAAUC